UCAACGCCCGAUCGCCGAUGUUCGGUUCUUUGUCCAUUUUAAAACUUGAAAUUUAGUCUCUUUCGUCGCUGAUUCGGUUUUUAAAAGGUUGCAGAUUUUAUACAGAUGGACGCAAGUUCCAAUUCCUUCGGUGCUAACGAAUGGGAGUUGAGCAAAGAGAACGUGCAGCCCAUGAAACAAGGUCGCAAGAUGGCGAACUUGGCGGUCGCUCUUGCUCCAAGUUCUGUCGAUCAAACGCGUAUUUACAAGGAGAAACGAGAAUUUGAAGCGCAGAUCAGAACUUACGAAGGUGAAGACCCUUUAGAUAUCUGGUACAGGUACAUUGUAUGGACGGGUGAAAACUUUCCUAAAGGAGGAAAAGAUCUGGGAAGUUUACUUGAGCGUUGUAUAACAACUUUCAAAGAUGAGGAAAGAUACAAGGAUGAUGAACGAUACGCGAAAGUUUGGAUUCGUUAUACUGACAUCUGCACAGAACCUUUAGAUAUUUUCAACUACAUGCACAGUCAACAAGUAUGCAGUGGUCUGGCUUUGUUUUAUGAAUCAUGGGCCAAGCUGCUUGAGAGUCUUGAAGACUAUCACAAAGCUGAUGAAGUAUUUAACUUGGGGAUUAACAAAAAUGCUCAACCAGUGGACAGAUUGCGAAAGCAACACAAAGCGUUUGAGUUACGUCUGGCUGAAAAAGUUUCAAACGGACUUCAACAAGUGUCAUUAGCAGAGGAGUCUGGACCUCAGAGAACAACUCUUGGAGGCUUAAAACGUCAAGGGAAGAAAGGAACUGUUGGGACUAAGCGAACUGGAAAUGCCACUCUUUCUAAAAAAGGUGGGAUUGGUGUUGCCAUGCCAACUUCAAACUCAGCCAGUAAUGGCUUCAAGAUAUUCUGUGAUGAAGAUCCUGGUAUACAAAGCUCGUUACCCCCAUCUACAGGGGAGUGGCAAAUGCCACCCACUGAACCAGUGAUAAAAAGGGAAAACACUCAGAAGCCAGGGAAAUGGACUGAUGCAAAGGUUUCUCAAAGACAUCAACCAUCUGUACCUACUAAUGACAUUCCACACAAGCCUGCUUUCUUUGUCCAUGUGGACGAUGACAUUACCAACCACCCUCCCCCCACUCCUCAGCUUGUUUCGCAGUUUGACAAAGUGUUGAGCUCUAGGAAACCAGACAAACCUUCAGUGAUGGAUGCUCUUAGAAAUAAGCCAGAAAAUGCAGAGGGCCAGAAGAGCAGAGUUAUGUAUUGCAAGGAAAAGAUUUAUGCAGGAACACAGGAAUUUUCCUUUGAAGAGCUUCAUGCUGCUCGGAUAUUUUCCAAGAUAAGGGAUGGGACAUACACACCACCAGUUAUUGAUAAGCAACCAGAAAAUGUUAGAUACAUGUACCCAAAAAGGGAGGUUUACUCCUUACUUGAGGGUGAGUUUCAGUACGAAGAAAUUCUCGCCAGAAGAUAUUUUGCUCGUUUGAAGACACAGGGGACUUCAACAAAUCUACAUGUACAGCAAGGGGCCCAAAAGGUGCUAUCUGGAAGUGUGCCUUCCAGUGCACAGCAGAUGGCAGGAGAUCAGAGCUUAUGUCGUGGUAAUGAGCCCUGCGCCAUGGAGAUUGGAAGUUGCCAAAAGAGUGUAGUUAAGACAUCAGGUGCCGCAACUACCGAUGGAUAUCUUCGUUCUAUGCCGCCAAGUCACAGUGUGGGUGCUGAACCUGUUGCUAGACGUGGUCUUGCCUUUGCAGAUCCACACAAUGCUUCAUAUCCCUCUGCAGAGAAUUUAAACACAUUUACAAGCUGCCCUGAGUCAGUUCAUGCCAUGCUGCCAAGUACUUUGCAGUGUGGAUACCAAAAAUCAGCAUUCCAACCUGUCAAAGUCAGACAACAUCAAGAUCAGUUAACUACAAACAAUUUACGCCCUCCACAAGGAAGCAGGCUUCUUGACCUCUCCAGUUGCAAUGAUGUGGAAAAUGUGUCUUGUAAACCUGUCAAUGAAGUAAAAACUCCUGUAAUUUUACAUGCGGGGGCCACUCAAUUCAAUGAUUCAGUGUUCACACAUACGCCAAACAACGGCAAUCCAGUGACUACUGACAAAUUUAAAAUGGCACUUAGAACUCCAGAUGCCAACAGGUCUGGGGAUUUUAACAAUUCCAAUCUGACAGGUCCAUCGCCAACAUUGUUCACAAAACAGGCUUUAAUGGUAGUGGGGGACAUGUUUAGUGGGCCUCUUGACUCAGAACGUGACUUGACUUUGGGCGUUGCUCAGCAGCCAAUGGAUCAGAUGGACAAAGACUUUGAAGCAGCUUUCAGCAAUGAUGACUGCACCACUGUCAACCCAUUUUCAACCGGUUUUGGUGGAAUGGGUGGCCUCGGAAGCAGUGCUGGGUUUGCUAUUUACGAUGAGACUGCUGCUGAUAAGAGAGGCGACGAAGUAGAGAAUUCAGAGAACGGACCCGAAGAUAAAGAAAACAUGCCACCAACAGGUAUCCAUCAAGAACCAACCCACCGACCCUUGGCCGGCAUCCUUCAGCCGUCCGUGGGAAUUCCAAUCUGUCCAGUUGAUGCUGACGAUGAGCAAGACGAGCUGAUGGAAAACUUGGAAUGCGAUGAAAAUGCACCACGCAAGAAUUAUCAGCCUUUGCAGCCACAGGAUAAAACCAGCGAGGUGUCCCUGGCGGAUUUCACUCACGAUCAGAGCAUCGUCUCUGGAAGCUUUGCUACCGCGGCACGCAUGGCCUCGACUCCGUUCUGCAAUGGGAUUGGUCCAAUGUCACUUCCCAGCAUUCCAUGGAGCACAAUUCGCCCAACCAAUGAAAUGCCAGAAUUGAAUGACUUGGCUGCUGACGGAGGAGAAUUCUCUUCCGCGCACGCGGAUGGGGCUCAAGCAGGUGGUAGCUUCAUGUCAACUCCCAGUAAAGUACUGAGUCCAAUAUUCGAGGGAAGCCACGAGGAUUCCAAAUCUACAAAUUCCAGCCAUUCUUCCAAUGGAUCAUCCAGGCGAGUUUCCUGCUCCGCCAGUGCGUCGCAGCACAAUGGUUUAGAACUGAGUAAGAUACAAGAAGAGACAAGCAUUUGCCAAACCGAUACUGCUCCAGAGGCGAACAACGGUGGUUGUUCUGUGGUCAACCCUUUCGCUGGCGACGUUGUUAACGAUUUUCUUCAAAGGAUAAAUCCUCCUCUGUCGACGUAUGAAGGAUUUGUUACGACAAGCAAAGAAGUUCCAAGGAUCGUUUCCAAUGCCUCAGUUAGUUUAGGUGACGACGACACAUACCAUGUUGAAAAGCUGAUAGGAUCAGGAGCUUUUGCCAAAGUUUACUUGGCUAAUAAACGAGGAGAUGCUGAUGAAGAUGAUUUUGAAACAGAUGACGAAAGUGCCGUAGUGCUGAAGGUGCAGAGGAUCUCGAUCGAAUGGGAGUUCUAUGUAAGCAGACAGCUUCAAAUGAGAAUUCAAGCGCGUGGCUGCUCGAAAGAACUGCUGGCAAUGUUUAUGAAUCCAAUGGCAGCGUUUGUGUACUCUAAUUCAUCAGUCUUGGUCGAUAAGUACAAACCGCUUGGUACUAUCUUGGACAUGGUGAACAAAUACAAGGUGAAGAACAAGACUAUGGAGGAAGGAGUGGUGUUUUAUUACACUAUCGCGCUGUUGAGAAUCUUAGAAACCCUGCACGCUUGUGAUGUCGUUCACGGAGAUAUCAAACCUGACAACUUCCUUGUCUUGGAUAGUGAUGUAGACACUCUGGAUGGCGCCUGCUUGAAGUUGAUAGACUUUGGUCGUAGCAUUGAUAUGACUCUGUUUCCAGCUGGAACAACAUUCAACACAAACUGUUACACAGAAGAUUUCCAGUGCAUAGAGAUGAAAGAAUCAAGACCUUGGACCACACAGGUCGAUACUUACGGCUUAUUGGGCACAAUUCACUGUUUCAUAUUUCUUGAUUACAUGAAAGUCUUCAAGGACGAGAAGGGAAGAUGGAAAAUUACGAAAUCGUUUAAAAGGCAUUGGAGUCCCAUCUGGGAGAAGCUCUUUGACUCACUGUUAAACACGCCAAGCUGUUCUGAGCAGCCGUCUCUACGAGGUUUCCGAGAGGAGUUUGAAAGAAUGUACCUUGAGGAUGACGAAAAUUGCUCGAGACAAAGGCAGAGGCAUGAAGUGUUGAUGUUUUAGGGAGAUCUCCUGAAACGCUUUUGAUUGGCAUCCUAAGUGCGUGAUUGACACUGACGCUUGAUGGGCUUCCGUCGAUGAAUGUUUUUCAAAUAUAAUACGUACCAUCGAAAACUAGCGUUAAACUGCGAAGCAUUGCGUUUAGGUAUGUUUUGCUGUAAAAGUUGUACUAAAAUUUCCCGCCUUGAGCUCGAGUAUUUUAUCAGCAUUUCAUUUGUUUUUCUCGAAAAAUACGGUUGCGACCAACUUUGUAACUGUUGAUUGUAAUUAUUUCUGUACAGAAGGGUCUCGUAUACAUCAAGGAAGGCUUCACAUGGAGCGAUGUAUAGUCUACUUGGGAAAGUUUUUCUAGCAUUUGUUUGUAAAUGUCUGUGCACUUUGUCACAUGGUUGCCAAAGGUUACGGAAAGGACUUGGGAAAAGCUAGAAAAAGGCAGGGAAUGUGGCAUUUGUUCGGAGAAUUCUAAAUUUCCUUUUGAUGUCAGGGGACAGCUUAUGGGAUUUUAUUUUGUGUUUGCUGUAGAUUUUGAUAACUAGAUUCUAACAUGGUGGGCCGGAAAUGUUCUCUGUCGUGUUUAUAUUGGAUGGUUUUCCUUUAAUCAGUAUUAUGGUCGCUGACAAGUCAGAGACUGGCAACCAUGUCAAUGAUGUAUUUUAUUCAUUUGAGUUCUCGAAGGAAAAAGUACAAAGUAAAAUCAAAUGCGUGAUCAUUCGUAGACACUCAAACACAUUUUAAUAAAGAAGGAAUACUCAGUGAUAAGCUGUACAGUUUGACUUCAUAAUGAUUGAGAGGGAGAAUUAUAUGGGAGGGGGGGCGCUACUGUGAAAAUCCAACCACGCCCAGCACUAGUUAAGGGUAAAACAAAUUUGCAGAAGGCGUCCAGCUUUUCGGGAGGGCCUCAGGAGGCCAACCUCAACCUCGUGCCCAGGGUCUUCUCGAUGGUCCUCAAAAUGUCCAGCCGCCGUUCCAAAAAGCACCACCGAGAGGACCCUGGGGUGGGGUUCAAAGGUCAUCUUGUAGUGAGGACUUGCUUGGUGACCGCCACCUGCAAAGUGAGCGCGAGGAGAUUGGGUUGUUAUCGCCAGCUUAGUCACAAUCGACCAUUAGACAACUGAGAGAGGAAAACUAUCAAAGCAGGAAUCUUCGCGAAGUUAUGUGCAACGCCAAGCAAUCCAAUCAACAUUAACAUCCACGCCGCUAAAUACAGAGACGGUGUUAAGGCUGAAAAGGGCGCGAAAGGUGACUCCGGAGCCAAAGGUGAAAAGGGAGAUGUUGGGACAUCUUCUUGUAACUGUCGUUUACAGGAUCCGAAGAAACCUUCCGCGCACAUUGACUCCACUAAUCGAGGAGAUGUCACUUAUAAAGUAAACGAAGUUGUUAAAGAUUGGAAUCUCAAGUCUGCCUACAGCCAUCUUGCAGGCGGUAUGAAGUACCAUGACGGGAAACUGACAGUGCCCAUCUCUGGACGGUACUACAUCUACGAACAAAUUUACUAUCGCGGGUAUAGAGGGAAACCCGUAAGGAUUUCUCUCCUUGUUAACAACAAAAUCGUCGCUAUGGUCCACCCAACACACACGACACGAAACGCAGACUUUGCACAUUCGACAGGCGGGGUGUUCUACCUUAAAGCUGGAGAUGUCAUUACGGUGGCGGCCACACAUUGGGCUGGGAUAGCUUUCAUGCACACGCACCACAGUUUCUUUGGCGCAUUUUUGAUCUGAACGCCUUGUCAAGCUCCCGUCCUGGAUAACUCCUUUGGAAAAAAUACGUGGAUAGAGGGAGGUUACUGAAUCGCUAUCACUAGUAGCUGCAUCGGUUCGCAAAAUGAUUUCUGGCUAUUAUACAAGGGUGUAAAUUUAUGGUUUACAGAAAAAUAAAGGAUUAUAAAAGAGGGCAAUCUGUGAUUUGUUUGUUUGUUUGUUUGUUUGUUUGUUUGUUUGUUUUUACCAUUACCGAACAACAAUUUAGAGAGCGAUACUUACUAACCUUCUCCGCAAUACCCUGUACCGUAUUUUCUCGAUUAAACGUCCCCGGGCUCACGGAUCAGGCGUUUAUGGACUUUUGCAGUUUAUUCGAGCCUGAAGUUUAUUAGAGUUUUUAUUCAUUAUUUUUAGGGCUUUAAGAUAUCUUGUAGUUAUAUGUAAACCUUAUUUUGACUCGAAUAUAAAUUCCUUGAGGGUCUUAUUUACGAAAUCUACGUGGGGGAUCUGGCGUUUAAUCGAGAAAAUAUGAAAUAUGGUAUUUUUCCUUUCCUCGCAAUUUACCCGUCAAUGUCCCCGUCGUCCAACCAAACAUCAUCGUCUACUAGCCGCGAAAAAAUUACCCGUGAGAGCUAGAGCAAAGCAUGCUUACAGAAUUCUAACCGCCAGACCACCAUUAGCCUACUAAAAGAAGAUUGGAGCAAAAAUGGAAGCGAUUUGAUAUACAUUCCUGCAUGUCGCUUCCCUGUCAAUAACUUUUUUUCUGAUAGUACCGAAGCCUUCGGUACUAUCAGAGUUAUUCGAUCGGUCGCUGAUCCAAACUAUCCCGGCGACGCCUGUUCCAGUCAAAAUACUUCAUAAUUCUAUCAAUGACACAAAUAAUUUAGACCUGGUGAUCUUUGAGUAUAGUGCUGAAUGUUAUUCUGAUGAUAAUAGAAUUAGGUAGAAUUUUAUAACUCGCUCACCUAGUCAAGCAAUUAAGCACUGGCGAUUUUAUACGUUUCCUAUUGAAUAAACGUACUACGAAGAUACCAGUAAGGAUAUGCUUUGUGCUCUCAGAUCAGAGUAGUUUUUAUUUGAGUCUGCUACACUACACGAUUGGCUUAAAAAACUCGCGUCAUUUUUUUCCCAUCAGGGCCUUAUUGUUCAGAGCCCGAUUAAGAGAACCCAGGAUUAGCGAAAAUUUUGAUUUCAAUUUUUAAACUUUUCGGUAAGGUUUUUGGUUUACAUUGUUGGCCCUUCUGUUUUUAGUUUCAGUCAACACAAACAACGCAAAACAUAAGCAUUGAAAAACAAUUUUUUCAAUAAAAAUUAAUACUUCGGUUAACUUUUAAUCCUGGGUUAGCAUUAACAAUUUGGCAUAAAUUUCACUGUUCUCGGAACUUGAUGUUUCUAUGGCCGUUUAUUAACUUUCAUGCGGUUAAUUUUACUUUUUUAGUCUUAUUUUUAGCAUUGUUUAAUUGAUUUUGUUUACUUUUGAGUAACUAUUGGCGCUUUGGAAAAUCAAAAAAUUCAAGAUAGUUGACCUAGAAUGGUGCUAUUCGGAUAACGGGACGUCUUUAUCCUAUGUUGCUUACAGCAAAACAGAGAUCUUUUGACCUCUUAUAUACCGUGUGAGUCUCGUUGUCCUUGCGUAAAUAUUUUUGACGUUACGAAGGGAGGGGGGAGGAGGGUAAGGGUGAAUCUGUCCCAGCCCUGGUCGUAAGAGAUUAAAAAAGCCCGGUCUGAAAAACCAAGUGCGCAGAACCUACUGUGGAAUAUCGGCACGAGGUAUUGACAGACGAGGGGUUGAUAUUGUCGCAGUACACUCCCAAGCACGUUCGGCUGGCUAAUAAGAGAUUUAUUACAUGACUGAUAAUGUUAGAAAAGAAUCCCACCAUAACAAACUGUGAAGACAACAUAAAAUGUAAUAGCGCAACUCUGUUUGAGAGCCUGACGUUUUC